GUAAAGUUUUCCAGUACCACGGACAGGGCUAGACUGCAGGCAAUCAAGACUGGGAGGAGAGGGCUGUCAACAACAGCGACAAAUCGUCUUGACUACUUCAUUUCACCUGAUUCCACUUUCGUUUACCUGUUCCUCUUCUUGGUUCGUGCGAUGGUUGACUUUAUUUUCUAGUUUUGAUGCCAAGAGAGUGGAAGCGAGCUGCAUUGUCUCUCUGCGUAGAUUUGCCUCACUCUCCAUUCUGCCAAAACAGUGCGGUUUUAGUUUGAAGCAUUGUUUAGGUAGUGUAUUGGUAACUGUUUGAUCAUUUAGCUGGUUAUCUAUAUAGUUUGUCGCUCAUAAUUGUUGCAGUUAAUUGAUUUUAAUUUUGUAGUUUGUCUUUUGCCGUCAUGCUUUAUUGUAAUGCAAUUUUAGCAGGCUAAAGUAACAUGACGUUUCUUAGGUGAAAUUCUUACUGUGGCAUGCUCUGGUGCGCAAUAGACCUCCAUUAGCAAUUGGCUAGUCUCUUUUACCAAUAAGUAUCCCCAUCAAACCAAGAUAAACAAUUUUGUGGACGGAAGCCUAAGAGCACGAUGAGGUCCCUCCAGGACUUUUUGAAUUGCACUUAAAAAGGAGAGCGAAGGCGAGAGAGAGAGAGAGAGAGAUAGAGAGAGAGGCUACAGGAAGCGACGCCUGCCAACCAUUCAAAAACACCAAACGUACUCGCCUCAUCUUAGCCUUUGAAAAGAAGACAACUCUUGAUUAGGUUGCUAGAAUAUUUUGAUAUAGACGUUCUUAUUUCUCAGUAAACUAAAGGAAGAUGAAGAAGUUUCGGAAGGUACUGGAUGGCCUGUCUUCCUCCUCUCAGGGGGCUGUCGCGUCCCCGUCAUGCAGCAGUGCAGCUGGUACCCCGCCCACUCCCCAGGAUAUUCAUGUCCAGGAGACGCUAGUCUCGGAGAACUUUCACAUAUGCAAGACGGUACGCCAUGGCUUCCCCUACCAGCCCACCUGCCUGGCAUUCGACCCCGUCCAGAAGAUCCUGGCCAUCGGCUCCAGAACAGGAGGCAUACGCAUACUGGGCCGGCCUGGUGUGGACUGCUACAGCCAACAUGAGAGUGGAGCCGCUGUCCUCCAGCUACAGUUCCUCAUCAAUGAGGGAGCUCUGGUCACAGCAUGUGCAGAUGACACACUGCACCUGUGGAACCUUCGCCAGAGACGCCCAGCCGUCCUGCACUCGCUCAAAUUCAACAGGGAGAGGAUCACGUUUUGCCACAUCCCCUUCCAGAGUAAAUGGCUGUACGUGGGCACAGAGCGUGGCAACACACACAUCGUCAACAUCGAAUCCUUCGUUCUGUCUGGAUACGUCAUCAUGUGGAACAAGGCCAUAGAAUUAUCAACUAAAGCCCAUCCAGGACCCGUAGUCCACCUGAGUGACAGCCCGAAGGAUGAAUGCAAGUUGCUGAUAGGGUUUGAAAGUGGAACAGUAGUGCAGUGGGACCUCCGAGCCAAGAAGGUUGACUUCAGAAUCUACUACGAUGAAGCUAUCCAUUCUGUGAGCUGGCACCAUGAAGGGAAGCAGUUCAUGUGUAGUCACUCAGACGGCAGCCUGACUAUGUGGAACCUGAGGAACACAGCCAGGCCUAUACAGAUCACAUAUCCUCAUGGGAAGAUACUGAAGGAAGGGAGGAAGGAGUCGUGUAAGCCCAUCCUCAAGGUGGAAUACAAGACCUCCAGAAACAGCAGUGAGCCCUACGUCAUUUUCUCUGGGGGUCUGUCGUAUGACAAGGCUGGGGGACGGAGACCCACCCUGACCAUCAUGCAUGGCAAGGCCAUCACGGUGCUGGAGAUGGACCACCCUAUCGUAGAGUUCCUGGUGCUCUGUGACACCCCAUACUCCAACGAGAUCCAGGAUCCCUAUGCAGUGGUGCUGCUCCUAGAAAAAGACUUCAUCAUGGUUGAUCUGACACAGAGCAAUUUCCCCAUCUUUGAGAACCCAUACCCCAUGGAUAUCCACGAGUCUCCUGUCACCUGUACGGCCUACUUCGCCGAGUGUCCCCCGGACAUCAUCCCAGUCCUCUACUCCGUAGGAGCCAAGCAGAAGAAGACUGGCUACAGCCACAAGGAGUGGCCAGUGAGUGGCGGUACGUGGACAUUAGGCUCACAGACCUACCCAGAGGUAAUCGUCACAGGACACGCAGACGGAACAGUAAAGUUUUGGGACGCCUCUGCUAUUACUCUCCAGAUGCUGUACAAGCUGAAGACGUCUAAGGUGUUUGAGAACCCCGAUGCGGGUGAAGGCCGGGCAGUCGAGCCGGUAGAGGAGGACCCUUACGCCAUUCAGAUGGUCAGCUGGUGCCCGCAGAGCCGUCUCUUCUGUGUGGUGGGCAUCUCUGCCCACGUCAUCCUCUACCGCUUCAGCAAACACGACGCCAACACAGAGAUAGUGUCACUAGAAGUGCGUCCGCAGUUUGAUUCGGAGGACGUCAUCUCCCCAUCAGAGACAGAGAACAACCCGUGUUUCUCGGACACCAGUUCCCACUCCUCCCAGAUGCCCGGUAGCCCCGGCAACGGCUCACAAGACAGCCUCCACUACCUCAAGGUGAAGAGUCGUCCAGUGCAGAUGCCCCCGGGAUACCAGGCUGAGUUGGUGGUUCAGCUGCAGUGGGUGGAUAGAGAGCCCCCCCAGCAGAUCACCAGCCUGGACAUCAACUCUGCCUAUGGCCUUCUAGCGUUUGGGAGCAGCAAUGGCCUGGUGGUGGUGGACUACAUUCAGAAGACUAUCCUGAGGCGUGUGAGCACGUUGGACCUGUACGGCGCCGCUGACCCUUUCCAACGUCUCACACGCUCCCCACGCAAGAACAGACAGUCCACCUCAG